AUGUCCAUUAAGAAGCUCGAAGCAGUUGAUAACCCAUUAAAUGCUGAUACUAGUGCUGCUCUGCGGAGCCUGCUGCGAAAGUGUGCUAGCUUGCGAGCUGCGAAGUCUGAACUUGAUGAUGAGGUUAUAAUGCUGAACAUUCUUGCUACAAUAUCUGGCAGAUUACCACUUGUGCAAAAGGAUUGUACUUUUCGGAACCUAGAGGUGUUUUUUUUCGCGGAUAGAGGUCGGGUCAGUUGGUUUAAGGCAAGAGUGAGAAAGAUAAAUGGGGAGUUGCCAAAUAGUCCUUUGGUUGGCAGUUACUCUUGGUUUGGUUCAAUUACAAGGAGCAGUAAUUUGAAUAGUUUUGUUCCAGGGCCAUCGUUGAAGAACUUCCACAACUUGUCUUCUGUUAAAUUCUCUGCUGGAGCUGCUCAUAAUGUGUCGUUUGAUGGGAAUUCUCGUGAGGAACAGCUGGCAAGCUCAACUGUGGAGUCUGGCCAAACCCUGAAUUUGCUCUGUACUGAUGAGGAAAAAACAGGUGGGGAAGAUGCUCACUCUGUUCAAUCCUCUGCUGGAGCUGCUCGUGAUGUAUUGUUUGAUGGGAAUUCUCGGGAGGAACAGCUGGCAAACUCCACUUUGGUAUCUGGCCAAACCCUGAAGCUGCUCUCAGGAUCAUGCUACUUGCCACAUCCUGAUAAGGAAGAAACACAUCCUGAUAAGGAAGAAACAGGUGGGGAAGAUGCUCACUUUAUAUGUGCCAAUGAGCAAGUCAUUGGUGUAGCAGAUGGAGUAGGAGGGUGGGCGGAUGUGGGAAUUAACGCCGGAUUAUAUGCUCGGAAGCCUAUGUUGAAUUCUGUAAGUGCAAUUCAGGAAGAGCCUGUGGGUUCAAUUGAUGCUGCUAGGGUGCUAGAGAAGGCACACUCCAAAACAAAAGCAAAGGGUUCAUCAACGGCCUGCAUAGUUGCUCUUAUAAAUGAGGAAGUACGUGCCAUUAAUCGAUUCAUGGUAGUUAGAGAUGGAUGCACAGUGUUCCAAUCCCCAGCACAGCAGCAUUGCUUUAAUUUUCCAUACCAACUAGAGAGUGGCAAUGAGGGUGAUCUACCAAGCUCUGGCCAGGUAUUCUUAUUUCCUGUUUCUCCGGGUGACGUAAUUGUUGCCGGAACAGAUGGAUUAUUCGAGAACUUGUAUAACAACGAGGUUACCACUGCUGUUGUUGAUGCCCUAAGAGCUGGCUUAGGGCCUCAAAUAACAGCUCAGAAAAUUGCAGCUAUGACAAGUCAACGAGCACUGGAUGAGAACCGACAGACACUUUUUUCUACUGCUGCUCAACUUGCUGGGUUAAGCUACUUUGGUGGUAAACUUGAUGACAUCACUGUUGUAGUGUCGUAUGUAACAAGCUCUAACAAUUUGUGAUCAUGUCUUCUCCAAUGUGGCUGAACCACCAAUUGUUGGUAUGUUGAUGCACUUCUUUGUAGUGGGUGUUGAGCUUCUUAUGGCUGAUUGCAGUGGUCCAGACUCCAGAGAUGUUAUUUGUUUGUUGUUGCCACAGUUGUUGAUGGAGC